AUGAGUGUGAUGUCAAUCCUAUUACUCGGCAUCUUUAGAAGCCAGAGAAGAAGAAGAAGAUCCUAUUGGGUGAUUAGAAAAAGACCCGGAGUACCUGACUGUUGUCUCUGGAUUCAAAAAAUCUCGUUCUUGAAGUCUUCAGGAUCAAAGAAGAAGAUACUGAGUGAUUGGAAGAAGAUUCGAGAAAUCGUGUUACUUGAAGCCUUCAGGGUCAGAGAUAUCCAAUCNGAAGAGAAGAAGAAGAAGAAGAUACUGCCAGGAGUUCUUACUUAUCACACAGCGGCGAAAAGAAUCGCGAAUGUUGGCGUUCACGUGAAACCGAGCGAAGCGCGUUAUCGAGGUUCUAACAACCGACGACUUCGACGUUGUCCAAAGUUAUGUUUCUCUCAGGACGCCCGUCGACGAUCGAGAGAGGAGAAGAAGCGGAGCGAAGCGGAGCCGAGACGAUCUGUUGACAGCGAAGAGCGAGAUUGUGACCGCGUAACCGGUGCGUUGAUUUUUUUUUUCUUAAAAGGAAUUAUUACGUUUUCGAUCGAGAUCACCGUCACGCGUGUGUGUGUCGCGAGUCAUCGUUCACGUACGAUAUGUGAGAGAAAAGUGUAACAAGGAUAAGUCGUGGUAAAAAAAAAAAAGAAAGAUUUUCCUUCUCCAGCGGAGUGGACAGCGCGAGUUCGUCAACUCUUUCACGCCACUUAAUCCGGUCCGAGACUCUGCGGUUGUGUUAAGUGUGUCUGUGUGCUUUUGUGCCGUCGUAAGCGAAC